AUGCCUACUGAUUGGUUCCAAUGUGCGGUCUCCUACUAUUUUCACAACUACGUAUUGACGCGAGCCAACGGCUUUCCGGAUACUACGACUUUCUUCCGCGGCCUUAUGGAUCGAAUGCCGAAGCAGGAUACUUUCGAAACUCAGUCGAAGCAAUCUCGUCAAUCUUAUGGACUGGCCCUUACGCAACUCGGAUUGGUGUUGAACAAUGCUGCUGAGGCAUAUUCUCCAGCUACUCUGGCAGCGGUGGCCUUGCUGUGGAUGUAUGAUGUGAUCGUGGGUGAAGACAAGCUAGAGUCUAGAAGUCCGCACCGCCAAGGCCUGCUAGAAAUUCUGCGUACACGUCUCUCCCUGGACGCCGAUGGCGAGAAAUGGAUCAACUGUCCCAUCCUUGGGACAAUACACAUGCAGAACAUCGAUGAGCUGUCGUCCUCUGCUAGCGCCACGCCAGCUGUGGCUCCAUCGCCACCAAUUCCCCGCGGAGUCUCUCUCUUCGAAGAGUUGCUUCCGCGAGUGACUAAGAUCAGUAUCGCGAACGCCACACUGAUACAAAGAACGCCUAAUCGAGUGGAAGCUAUAGAGGCUCUUCGAAAACUGCAGCGUCUUUUUGAAGACUUGGAGAUUUGGGAGGGAUCUCUACCCGAGGAAUGGUUAUACAAGACAUACCCCAAUCCGAAAUCAACCGACAGAAGGCCUUUCCCCUUAGCUGUUGUGGUAUUCCCUACCCUGUCCGUGGGUGGAAUGUGGACGGCCAAGUGGCUCGGACAGUUGUCUGUUCUUUGUAGAAUGGUACUAUAUGCGCCUAUUGCACUCAAUAUUGGCGUUCCAUGCCCACCACUAGUUGAGAUCCGGAUGCAGAUAAGAUCUGUAGCCGCGCUUCUUUGCUCUAGCAUUCCGUAUCUGCUUGGACAUGUCGCCGAAGAUGGGGAGGCGAAAGCUAUUGAGGAUACACCGGCCUUUGGGGUCUUCUUCACAACAUGGUCACUGUUUGUGACGGCGCAGCUGCCUAAGCUGUCUGAAAGAGCAGGUGAACUGGAUAUCGGAUCGACUGGGGGAGAUUGGCCGGGGAAAGGAGAUACGCCGAGCGCUUAUUCCCCGAGAGUCAAUUGCAAGACACAAGGUAGCUAA